AUGUCCUUCCAGCCGACAACAGAACAAUUGUCGUCGUCGUCGUUAUCUUCAAGUACCAACACAAAUAAUCACACCCAGAUCAAUUGCAACCAGCCCCAGUUGUCUCAACAGAGCAUUCAACUGUUUGACUCAGAGCCUCAGCCUAUAGAUAUCACUUUUAACCAUCGACCUUCAAUCUUCAACAACUCAAGAUUCAGAAGAGAGUCUGUGGCUCAUUCACAAGGUAUGGGUGGUAUAUCAUGGGGUUCGGUUACUAUAGGUUCGUGGUUGAAAGAUGAAGUAAUGUCUGCUAACGUUGGAAACGGAAAUGGAAAUGGAAAUGGAAACGGGAACGGGAACGGGAACGCAGGUGCAAGCGGAGGUCCUUUUGCUGGAAACGUAUUCAGUGCAAACUUUCUCAGUCCACACAUCAAUCAAUCACAGCCAUCACAGCCACAGCAACAGCAGCAACAGCAACAGCAACAACAGCAACAGCAGCAACACCAACAACAACAACAACAACAACAACAACAACAACAGCAACAACAGCAACAACAAAACAAUCAGCUGCUGCAACAACAACAACACCAGCAGCUACAUUCCUCUUAUCAUCAUCAAAACUUGAUUAACCCCAGAAGAGGCUCGUUUCGUACAACUAUCCAUCCUAGUAUGUCUCCACAGCAGCAAACUUCAUACUUGCCUGAACUAGAAGCAGAUUAUUGUAAAGAUUACAAUUGCUGUGGGGAAUUACUACCCACUCUACACGAUUUAUUAAGACAUUACGAGGAAGCUCAUAUACUGGCAUCACCUCCACUCGAUUCUCAGCAACACCUACUCAACAAUAACCGAAAUCGCAAUAACUACAGCAAUAUACAUAAUGUAAUGGAAACAGUAUCUACAACUGAUGUUUUCUUGAAUAAUAGCAAUACAGAUAGAAAAAAUUUCGAUAGUAGUUAUCAAUUCAGCAAUCAAAGCCAAAACUCACAUCAACAGCAGCAGAGUCAACAACAACAGCAGCAGCAGCAGCAGCAGCAGCAACAGCAGCAACAGCAGCAACAGCAGCAACAACAGCAACGUACCCUGCAGGAGCAGUCACAACACUCGCAGCAAUUCAAUAGCCAAUUCUCUUCUCAUCAAUCUCCACUAACACCACCACAAGACACACCAAUGCAAGUAGAUGAAGACGACAUAUAUAUAGACGAUCCAGCACGUCAUUUAUACGUUAUGGAAAACGAAGAAAACAAGCCAUUCAAAUGUCCAGUUAUAGGAUGCGACAAGACUUAUAAGAAUCAAAACGGAUUAAAAUAUCAUAGAUCGCAUGGCCAUCAAGGUCAAAGUUUACGGGAAAACCCCGAUGGUACAAUUUCUAUAAUAGAUCCGGAUUCAAAUUCUCCAUACUUGGAUAAUUCUGCAUUAGAAAAAGACAAACCUUAUAGAUGCGAAGUAUUCCCAUUGGCCAACUCUCCUGUAAUACCAUUGACUUUUACUUCACCUAUACCCGCCACAGCAUUCCCAUCUAUACUUCCUCCUCCUCCUUAUAACAGCUCAUCCGUUUCUUCUUCCACUAAGGAGAAUAACGAGAUGCCGAAGAUGAUGAUGUAUCUGUCAGAUACAGUUUCCCCUCAUUUCACAAGUUAUAAAUUUGAUCCAUCAUCACUCUAUGUUUUGAAAUUGAGAAUCCUGAUUCAGUGUCCUAAUGUACCUUACGAUGACCCUAUGGACUAUGGCGAGUAUCAAACAAUUACACCUACACCUUCUUUUUUAUCGGCCAAAUAUUUAAUAAACAAGGUCCAAUACAGCUUGCUAAAUAACAGAGGCGACUCGUUCUUGAGCCAAGGCACAUUCAUACUAAACUGUGAUAGUCAUAUCCAGUACCAGUUGAGAAACUCGUUUGUUCCAUACAAUCUACGCCAUUGGUUCCCGCCUAAACUUUCCGAUUUAUCACGCUUACAAACUUUUGAAUUCGAUCUAUUUGAUAUAUUGGGCUCAAAAAUCGAUCUGAAAACAAGCACAACGCCUAAUAAAAGAAAAGGAAAUGGAAUCAAUAAUAAUGACUCUGAUUCCGAUUCCGAUUACUACUUUGAUAAUUUCGUUUUAUUGUUAUCUCAAGCGGAUAAGUACCUUAUUGAAGAUAUAUAUACUCAAGCAUGGUUUGAAAUAAAAUGGACUGGUUUUAGAUACUAUUUGGUGAAAUACUACUAUACUUGUUAUAUUCUAGGCACAGCUGUUUUCUUUCUCGUAUCGUUGACAAUGUCAAUAUUAACUGGAUACGGAAUGUUGUGGUUCAACCAUCAAAGAGGUAGAAGCAAAAAUGGCAGAAACACUAGUAAUAUCAAGAUUGAAAAUCCAACAAUAAAAGUGGAGAGAAAAUAA